AUGGAUGUGCCACCAAUAAUACCCUACGCGUUACAUCGCCUACCGCGCCUGGCGACCCCCAUCGUCGUCGUCUACAUCGCCAGCAAGGUACUCGAGAUUCAGUACCGAAUCCUAACCCCCACUUGGCUUUUGAUCAUCCUUUAUGCUUUAUCACUGCCCGCGACAUUGACUCUGCAUGUCAAAUACAAAUCUUGGAAGGAUCGAAGAGACGCAGCAGCUUUGGGCGCCGAACUGCCGCCCUUGGUUCAUGACAGAUGGACGGGGGGCUUUGGCGCGUUGAAGUUGAUGGUUUCCAACUUCAAGUCAGGAUACAUCGCUGAAAUGAUGACCGACUGGUCCAAGAAAUACGGCACCACCUUCAAUGUUCGGAUUCUCUUUGAGGACAGGAUCAUUACCGUCGAUCCCGAUCACAUCAAACUUGUCCUCGCCUCUGGCUUCGAUGGGUAUGAAAAGGGCCCUGUUUUCGAAGCGCAGAUGGACUCUCUGCUAGGGACAGGCGUGUUCAACUCUGAUGGCGACAUGUGGAAAUUCCACCGUUCGAUGACGCGUCCGUUCUUCAGUAAGGACCGCAUCAGCCAUUUUGAACUCUUCGGACGCAUGGCAGACGAUGCACUUACCCAGCUCAAAGCACGUCUCAGAGAAGGGUUCCCUGUCGACGUCCAAGACCUGGCAUCGCGCUUCACCCUCGACUCCGCCACCGAAUUCCUCUUCGGGCAAAACGUCCGCUCACUCUCCGCGGGGUUGCCUUACCCGCACUACGACCCGCGCUCUAACGACCCUGUAUUCAAAAACCACCCGGCGAAUCUGUUUGCGGUGGCAUUCGGCGAGGCGCAGAGCAACGUUGCGCUGAGAUCGAGGUAUGGGAUUAACUGGCCGUUGGCGGAGCCGUGGGUAGACAAGACUGCAAAACAGAUGAAGGUGGUGAAGAGGUUUAUUGAACCAAUCCUAAAGGAAGCAGUAGAGAGAAAGAAAGCUAUGGGCGACAUAGAGAAGAAUAAUGCGGCGGACAGAGAGGUUAAAGAAGGCGAGACCCUGCUCGAUCAUUUGGUCAAUUAUACAGAUGAUAGGAAAGUUCUUCUGGACGAGAUUCUUAAUAUUAUGAUUGCUGGAAGGGACACCACAGCCAACUCCAUCACAUUCACCCUCUACUUACUUGCUCAGCAUCCCGAUGUCCUUCAACGUCUCCGCGAAGAAAUCAUCUCCAAACUCGGCCCUACACAAGGACCAACAUACGACGACGUACGCGACAUGAAAUACCUUCGCGCGGUUAUCAACGAGGUGCUGCGUCUGUAUCCAGCGGUCGACAGCCCUUCGAAUGUUAGGACGAGUCGUCAGGCAGCGGUAUGGCCAUCCAAGACUGGAGGCAAGCCUCUGUACAUCCCAGCUGGCACGAAGAUACCGUAUAGCGUAUUCGUGAUGCAACGCCGAACAGAUCUAUGGGGGCCUGAUGCGGAAGUCUUCGACCCGGAUCGCUUCUUGGACGAACGACUCCACAAAUACCUCACCCCCAAUCCAUUCAUCUUCCUCCCAUUCAACGCUGGUCCCCGAAUUUGCCUGGGUCAGCAAUUUGCCUACCAGGAAACCUCGUUCUUUAUCAUCAGAUUCCUCCAGACGUUCUCGUCAAUAACUUUGGCACCUGAUGCCCAGGCACCCGAACACAGACCUCCUGCGAGUUGGGCCGGUGCACCUGGGACGAAGGGCACCGAAAAGAUCGUGCCCAGGGCACAUUUGACUAUGUAUGCGUCGGGCGGUGUAUGGGCUACAAUGGAAGAAGCGACAUAUCUAUGA